AUGGCGUGUAUCGCUCCAGCAGUUGCGUCGAUGCACGCAGCAACGAGCGCGAGACUGCAGAGUCCGCUCGCCUCGGCCUCCUCAGCUUCUUCCUCCAAGGCCAGCUUGAAAUGCGCCGCUUCCAGCUCACGCGUUCUCCCAUCCAUCACCCCUUCGCCGCUCUCUCAACUCGUUGUCAGUCAAAUCAAGAGCUCUGUGCCCCGGAAAUUCCGGCGAUCCGCCUCUGUGUAUGCCACGUCAACGACCGAACCUUCCACGCAGGCUCCUGAGAGCAGCAGCGAGAGCAGUGGUGGGCCGUCGAAGGGACGCGUGAUGGUGAUUGGUGGUGACGGAUACUGCGGCUGGGCGACGGCGCUGCACCUAUCAGAGCAAGGCUAUGACGUGUCCAUCGUGGACAAUCUCAGCCGUCGAUUGUUCGAUGAGCAGCUCGGAUCGCAGACCCUCACGCCGAUGGCAUCCAUCCACGAUCGCGUGCGACGCUGGCGAGAGAUCACGGGGAAAACGAUCGCACUGUACAUCGGCGAUGUGUGCGACUUCGAAUUCCUCGCAGACGCGUUCCAGACGUUCGAGCCGACGGCCGUGGUGCACUUCGGUGAGCAGCGGUCGGCGCCAUACUCCAUGAUCGAUCGCAACCGCGCGGUUUUCACGCAGCAUAACAACGUGAUCGGUACUAUCAAUGUCAUGUUUGCGAUCAAGGAAUUCGCUCCUGAGUGCCAUCUGGUGAAGCUGGGAACCAUGGGCGAGUACGGUACGCCGAACAUUGACAUUGAGGAGGGCUUCAUUACAAUCACGCACAACGGCAGGACGGACACGCUGCCGUACCCGAAACAAGCCAGCUCCUUCUAUCACCUCAGCAAGGUGCACGAUUCGCACAACAUCGCGUUCGCGUGCAAGGCGUGGAACAUGCGCGCGACGGACCUGAACCAGGGCGUGGUGUACGGCGUGGCGACGCCCGAGACGGAGAAAGAUGUCAUGCUCAUCAACCGGCUCGACUACGACGGCGUCUUCGGCACCGCUCUCAACCGAUUCGUAGUCCAGGCGGCCGUGGGGCACCCGCUGACUAUCUACGGCAAGGGCGGACAGACCCGUGGGUACCUGGACAUCCGUGACACCGUACGAUGUGUCGAGCUGGCAAUCUCCAACCCUGCCAAGCUGGGCGAGUUCCGUGUGUUCAACCAGUUCACAGAGCAGUUCUCAGUGAGGGACCUGGCACAGCUAGUGACAGCAGCGGGGGCGAAGAUGGGCAUUGAAGUCAAGGCCAUCAACGUGCCCAACCCCCGCGUGGAGGCGGAGGAGCACUACUACAACGCCAAGCGCACCAAGCUGCUGGAGCUGGGCCUGCAGCCGCACUUCCUGGGAGACGCUCUGCUCGACUCGCUGCUCAACUUUGCCGUCAUCUACAAGGAUCGCGUCGACGCCAAUCAGAUCAUGCCAGCUGUCUCGUGGAAGAAGAUCGGUGUCAAGCCCAAGUCGUCAGUCACUACCACACCUGCGCAGUAG